AGAAAUUAAUAUUUUUUAAGCCGAUUUUUUUAAAGAAGUAUAUAAAAUGACACAAUCAAAAGAUCCAAGAAGAGAAGAUCUUAUAAGAGAAUUUACACCUAUUGAAAUUGAGGAGGAACUAGAUUAUACAAAUAUAUUUGUAUCUACAAUGAGUUUUUCAUCAAUUAUUUUUAAAAACAAAUGGUUUGCAUGGCUAUCACUUGUUGGAACUAUUUCUGGUUUUUUAGAUGAAAAAUCACAAAGUUCAAUGUUUCGAGGGAACUUAACAAAUAUUAUGAUGACAGGUGUAGCGUUUAUUGUAAUGUAUAUGCCGAUUAUUUUUCCUCAAAAAAAUAUACCAUCAUCAAAUUAAUCAAUAAUUAAAUAGUCAUAAUAUGAACUUAAAUAUAUAAUUAAAU